AUGGCGCCGUAUCCUGGGUCUGAUGCUGACUAUAUCAAGGACAAGGCGCGGAGGGACUUGUUGACCCUCCUUGAAGGCGUGCGUGGUAAGAAGAAUCUUGUCAUCAGCCAAAAUCUGGCAGGCCCAGUUGGGAUCUUCGUCAAAUUCUCCCAACUCCAGGAAUACGGCGUAGAUCGAGUCUUUCUGCUCGAGAAUGCCAAUGUUGACUCAUCCCAACGCAAUGUCGUCUUCCUAGUCCAUGCCGAGAAGAUACGCCAGGUGCGAACAGCAGCAGAGCAAAUCAAACGUCUACAGCAGAACGGCAAUGUUGAGCAUGAAUUUUCCAUAUUUUGGGCACCCAGACGAACAUUUGUAAGCAAUAAGAUCCUGGAAGAUGCAGGAAUCAUUGGCGAUGUGAAUAUCACCGAGUUUCCACUGUAUUUUGUACCGCUCGAACAAGAUGUCCUUUCCCUGGAAUUGGACGACUCCUUCAGUGAUCUGUACUUGCAUAAAGAUCCAGGUUGUAUCUUCCUCGCCGCGAAGGCUCUCAUGGAUAUCCAGCAAAGACAGGGUUAUUUUCCUCGAAUCAUUGGAAAGGGAGAUCACGCGCGCCGACUCGCAGACCUUCUGUUGCGGAUGAGAAAGGAGCUCGAUGCUGAAGAGAGCUCCGGUUUGGCGGACCUUUCUGCAAGAGGACUUCUGCCCAGUGCGAGUACCGAAAGUCUGAUCAUUAUUGACCGGGAGGUGGACUUUGGCACUCCCCUGCUCACGCAGCUCACGUACGAGGGCUUAAUUGACGAGUUUGUCGGAAUCAAGAACAACCAGGCAGAUGUUGAUACGGCUAUCGUUGGAGCCAACUCUGUUCCCCAGGCCCAGGAGUCUUCCAAAGCUCCUCAACAAACCCUGAAGCAUGGACAGAAGCGGAAGAUUCAACUGGAUUCUUCUGACCAACUGUUUAGUCAAGUGCGUGAUGCAAACUUCGCCAUAGUCGGCGAUAUUCUGAAUAAGGUCGCCCGGCGUCUAGAAAGCGAGUAUGAGACUCGUCAUGCGGCCAAGACGCCUUCAGAGUUACGUGAAUUCGUGAAUAAAUUGCCAACUUAUCAAUUGGAACACCAAAGUCUUCGCGUUCACACGAACCUCGCCCAAGAGAUAAUGAGAAAUACGCGCUCAGAUAUCUUCCGCAAAAUUCUUGAAGUCCAGCAAAAUAAUGCUGCGGGCACUGACCCAACGUAUCAACAUGAUGCCAUCGAAGAAUUGAUUGGCAGGGAUGUGCCUCUCAAGACUGUUUUACGUCUGCUGUGCCUGGAGUCGUGCAUGUCAGGCGGACUUCGUCCCCGAGAUCUCGAGAAUUUCAAGAAGCAAAUUGUCCACGCCUACGGACAUCAGCACCUACUGACCUUCUGUGCCUUGGAGAAAAUGGAGCUCCUGCAGCCACGUUCCUCGGGCCCCACCAUGCUUAUUUCGACUGCUGGUGCUCAGCCAGGGACUAAGACGAAUUAUAACUACUUACGGAAGAAUCUACGCCUGCUGGUAGAAGAAGUCAGUGAGAAGGACCCGAACGACAUUGCCUAUGUAUAUAGCGGCUUCGCUCCACUCAGCAUUCGUCUAGUCCAAUGCGUUCUGCAGAAGCCGUACAUAUUCUCACUCGUCAAGGGCGGUUCUGCCUCUGCUACCUCCACCCCUGCAAGCACUGCAUCCCCCGGCUGGCUGGGAUUCGAGGACGUUGUAAAGAGCGCCCGUGGCGCGACGUUCAGCAUUGUUCAGAAGGGAGAUGAUAAGGCAGUUCGUGCGCGACAGACGCUGAGCGGCAACAAUGCAACCAAGACUGUGUACGUAUUCCUCCUAGGUGGAGCGACCUUCACAGAGAUUGCGGCUCUGCGAUUCAUCGCAGCUCAGGAAGCCCCGCGACGGAGGAUUGUCAUUUGCACAACGAGCAUCAUCAACGGCGACCGAAUGAUGGAGGCAGCCAUCGAGAAGGGAAGUUUUGCAAAGACCGAGGGGUAA